GGUUCCGCCCAGCGCCAUUUUGAUGAAACAGCGAGAAGAGGAGAAAUAUCUACUACCGAAAUGGAUUUUAUAGAAUCAAACUAAAACAUCAGCUGGACAACUUGCGGAUUUUGUUCUGGACAUUUAAUCGUGAAAGAAGAUUUUUUUCUCCCCUGACUGCGUAUAUGGUUGGAUUUUUGUCGGUUUUUCGUCAGUGGGUCGGGUUAUUAAUGUUAGCUUAGCUAACAGUUAGCUUUUGUUAUGUGUUGCAAAAUGUGGUGAGGCUAAUGUAGCAUGCCAUGUUAGCUGUUUACACGAAGUUAUAGUUUUAGUAAAAUUACAGAAGUUUAACAGCAGUAAUAUAAACAUUGUGAAGUCGUUGUGGAUUUUUCUACAGUUUUGUGGACUUUUUGUGAAGGUUGUUUGCCUGAUUUUGCUUAAAACGAAAAACUAAGAUAAGGCCAACACAAGGACUGUGGCUCGGAAAGCCUUGCGGCCUAGCCGUUUGGGCUUUCUACCAAGGACAUUUCACCAAGGACUUGGGCAGAUUUACACCCAUGUAAUGAUACACGUUMUGCUGCAUGGACUAUUUUGGAUUUAAUCGCACUCUGAUGUGUCAUAUUGGACUCUGAAGAACUGACGAGGUCCACGGUGCCUCCGAAUGGUGCUUUGGCCUCRCAUCACGUUCAUUUUUGUUUGGCAAUGAACGAUAAGACUGUCGUCACCUUCAAGCUGAACCUUUGCCUGUUUCAGCAUUCAUUUUGUCAAGUGUUUCCUCGAAUAUAAAGAAGGUUUAUCAAUUAAAGUUGCCGCAUUUAGCCUAACUGUGUUCAGUGUUGACGCUGUUUGAUUUUCUCAUAACAGUCCUGUGUUCUUAAAAAAAUCUUCUGUCUGAUUGACGUUAUUUAGAGCUGUGAAAAUGUCGUGUGUUCACUAUAAAUUUUCCUCCAAACUGGACUACAACACAGUCACUUUCGAUGGGCUGCAUAUCACUCUCAGUGAGCUUAAGAGGCAGAUUAUGGCCCGGGAGCGCCUCAAGGCUACAGACUGCGACCUGCAGAUCACCAAUGCACAGACCCGAGAAGAAUACACAGACGAUGAAGCGCAUAUCCCAAAACACUCAUCUGUGAUCGUUCGUCGCACUCCGAUUGGUGGAGUCAAACCUGCUGGCAGGACGUUCAUUGUUGAUCGUUCUGACUCAGCUGUGGUGGGAUCUUCUAGACCCGUAUGUAAAACAAACAAAAAACAACACGCUCUCCUCCUCCACACCUCUCUUUCUCCCACUCUAUCUGGCUUUAGUCACCUUUCUCGAGAACAUUCUGUCAACAAAAAUCAAGAUGUAUUUUUUUGUUCAGUUUGUGUUUUCUAGAGUUUUGUUGCUCUCAACUUCUAAAUGUUGUUUGAUGCCUUUUUUGGGUUGGGUUUUUUGACAUCAGCAAUUAACAUCCUUUGUUACGAUCUUUAAAACCCUGGGUUCAUAACUGUUUUGAAUUUCUUAAAUGGAAGUACAUAAUGGCUGAAAAAGAUAAAGAGCAAAGACAAACUAGGCAACAUUUUUUUUCAUGCAUUGACGUAACUAAUUGUUAAUUUGUUGCCAUGUUGCGUUUUUCUGACGGAUUUAAACAUGACUGUAUUUCAUGAUGAAAUGGUUUUGUCGCCUGCUUCAGUUCAGGCAAAUGUGUUAUUUGUAAAAGGUAUUUUUGUAUUGAUAAUUCAUUGUCAUGUGUUUACUGUGAAAUUAUUUCAUCUGGUUUAAAAACUCAAAGAAUUAAAGUGUGGAUGAGAUUGAUUGUAAUUAACUCUUAAUGCAUUUACAAGGUCGUGAGUGGAACAGUUGUACAAGUUUGUUUUUAUUUAUUUUCUGAAUUUAAUUUUAGGAUUAUGCUGCUAAAACAAAUGAUCCUCAGAUGUGUUCUCAGUAACAGCUUAUCAAUGUCAGUUGUUUUGUCUUGUACAAUUUCAUCAUGAACCUGUUCUGUUCUGCCUUCAAUAUGGACUGCACAAAAAACUUGAAUCUUACCAGUUCAUUUGACCCUACUUUAAUUCCCAGUGCCUAUUUUUACAAGGAGUCCAGGACCAGAUGAAAGUGUAAUUGUACAAGUGUGKUUUUUUUUUAAGGGUGGGGGAAACCGUAAGAAGCACAAUUUUUGACAAGCUUCUGUGAUGUGACCUCAUCACAAUUAUUGAAUCAUAAAAUCAGUAAAGGAAAAUGCCUUGUAAAGCUCUUGAGGCUUUUAACGGUUACUACAGUGAAAACGUACCCUGGUGUAGUGUGUCCUGUAAGCUGUAAGCUGCAGAACCUUAUCAAUAAAGUUGUUCAGUGGUUCAGUGUGAGAACCACUUGCACCAGA